GCGAGCUGCGCCCUGGAGAUGAGGAUGGGCUGGCUCUUCUCACGUGCCGUGGGGACACAAAGCUCCUUUCCAAAUACGUGAACUCAGCUAUGGAGACGGUGAUUUGAGGACCAGUGUUAAACGACUGUGCACAGGACUGGAGGAGGCAAACGGAGGGCCGCCCCCCCCCCCCCCGCGUGCCCUCUGCGGUCCAGCUGCGCGCCAGGGCCCUGCUGUCUCCUGCCCACGCAGAAAAGUCUGCAGUGGGCUUCAGCCAGCAAGGCCCCGGGCCCCAAGGCCGUGCCUGUGUUCCCACUCAGACCACAGCGAAGAACCGGGGCCUCAAAGCGCAGAGGGCAGACAGCGCGGCUCAGGCCCCCGGGGGUCCUGCUGGUUCCACCAAGGACAGGAGUGAAGCCUCCUCAGCUGUACCUCCUCACUUGCUUAGACGCAGGGGCUGGGGGAGUAGAAGGCCCAACCCCACCACCACCGCAGUCAGGCCAGCCCCCAGACAGCCCUCCCGGGGUGUCUCCACCCGCCCAGUCCCCAGAAUGCCCUCCCACCUCCAGGCUCCCCUCCCCUCCCCGCACCAGCUCCCUAGCCCAUCACAUCCCACCACCGCCACUCCACGCACUCAGGAACCCCUGUGUGCACAGCCUGGGCCUUACCCCCACCCACAGAGACUCCCAGGGUGGGCAGAGCACCCCUUCCCCAGGCUGAGGCCCCCAGCUCCACCUCUGCCCACGUGGCAGUUCCCGUCCUGCUGGUAGCCGGGUUGGAAGAUAAGCGCUGUGACCCGGAGGGUGCACGCUCCAGCCCGGAGAGGACUCUUAUCUGCCCCUGGGCAGCCGUGACUCAUCCUGCCUGCUCGCGGGCCAGUGGCUCCUGUAAAUAAACCACAUCCUUGGGCAAACAGCUCCCCGCUAGGGUCAAGUGGGCCCUGGGUAGGACUCUGGGCAGCAGGGGGGGCCCGCUGAGGGGUGGGGGCGACACGCUGGGGUGGCCCAGGCUCUGGCGGAGUCCUCAAGGGCGGGGAAUCUGUCUGGAGCUGAGCGGCGGGGCCUGGGCGCUGACCACACAGCCUGCUGCUGCAGGUGCGGGGAGACCUCCCACUCUUGGGUGCUCCCCCGCCCAUCCUGGGGUUCCACCCCCAUUGUGGCCCCCAAAUGGGGCUCUGGUCUUCCCCAGCCAGGCUGUGGACGUGAGAACAGGACACACCUUUCAGGGGGCUCUGGGGGAAGGUCCCAGAGUGAGGCCGAGUGUGUUAGGAACCUGGAGAGACCUCCGCCCACCCCCCAUCACCAGGGGCCUCGGGGGACAGCAGGCCCAGGCCAGUUCUGCCUUGCAGCCUCGUCACAGCGACCCUGGCCCGGCGCCCAGGGUGGAGGACACUCAUGGCCCAGGAGAUGGGCUCCUCUCGCCAUGCUGCCCCUCAGACACCCACCUGUUCCUUUUCAAGGUGGGAGAACUGAGGUCCUGAGUACCCUUUAGAGCAGCAGCCCACUCAGUUCACUGUGUGUGGGACAUGAGGGCGGUUCUCUAAAGCGACCGUUUACCUUCCCACUGGCCCCAAGAGGCAGGUCCCACCACCCUGGAGGAACGGACGGAGGUGUGGUGAGGCCAGGCACCCGCCCUCAACACAGGGUCAGCACCUGGCUGAGAGCCAGCGGGUUGGGCUCCAGAGGGCAGACCCAAGGCCCCCACCGCCCCCAGCAGGAAGGACACGCCCAGCUGGUUAUUGGAUCUCCAUACCGGCAACCCUAGAGUCCUCAGGCCUGCCCUCCACACAGACCCAGAGCAGAAGCCAGCCCGUGUCUGCCUGGGGCCCAGCCAGCUUCGGCACGGACCAGACCCACCUCCUGGAAGACAGGAUGUCCAGGGAUGGCGCUGGGGGGGCGCGUCCUUCCCGCAGACCCCCACCCUUGCCCACGUUCCAGGUCCUGGAAGCUGUGGACUUGCCCCUGAGCUGAGGGCUCACCCGCUGGCUGCUCCCCGCCCCCACCCCAGCUGCCCUGUCCGCACCUGGAGCCCGGCUCCUGGGAGGCUGGAAGCUUAUGAAAGGCCCACACAAUUGUCAUUCUCUGAGCCUCUGAGUACAGAACAACUCCCCGGAUUAGCCGCUCAGGUAACGCUCAUCUUGGGGAAACCUGUGACUCAGCAGUCUCUGGAGUAAAUGAUUUAACUGCAAGCCCAGCAAGCUGGGCAGUCAGAUGCUGAGCACAGACCACUGCCUGCUGGCCAGCGCGGGCCAGCUUGGCCUGAGCCCACCAAGGCACACCCCACCUGCAGACUGAGCCGGAGGGUCCCUGGGACAGACGCGCCAGGCCUGAUCUACACGCCGAGCCCGGGAGGGGUCCCUCAGGCGUUCAAACAGUCCUCAACCGACGCCCUUGGACCCCAGAAUUCUGGCUGAGCUCAGGGGACCCCAACAGAGCCGCCAGGCGCCACACCCGCCUCACGAAGGGCCGGAGCUGCACCCGUCCUCUGCACACAGGGCCGCCCCAGGCCCCAGGCCCCAGCCCUGUGUGCACCUGCUGGGGUAACCAGGCUCUGGGUGGGCAGAGACCGUCACGAGGGGGACGUCAAGAGUGGCAGGCCGGAGGGCCCUCAGGACAGCUGGGAGCAGUGCCCUGGUGCUCGCUGAGCAGGCGGCAGGUCGGGCCGGGCCCGAGCGGCAGGCUGCCCUCUGGACCGCGAGAACGGUUGGCACGCGCUUCCCACGGUACCCAUGGGGUCUGAGCCAGAACCCAGCUGCACUAACUCAUGCUGGGAAAGGGGGCCUGCGUCCAGGACCCCCGGCGGGUGGCAGGCGCAUCGCCCCCCUUACCCCCCAGCUGCACCGCCUGUGCCGGAGUCUGCGCCAGGAGUGGCCACGGCCGGCGCUGCUGCAGCGUGGGCUCGGAGCUCCGGCCUCUGCGGGGCUCUUCCUGUUGCCCCGGGCCAGGUGUCCGGAUGGCGGGUGGGACAGCCACUGGUGUGGGUGCGUCUGGCUCCCACGAGGCCCCCUGACCCUGACAGCUUGGCCGCCCCAAUGGUGACACCCACCUCCGCCCGCUUUGCAGGUUCUCCGGGGGGACCGCUGCCCCACGAUGGAAGCGUCCCCCGAGUACAUGGAGCGGGGCGGGCGGCUGUUGCUGGUCCGACGGCGCACCCCGCCGUCCCCGGGCCUGGGCGAGGCCCUGAAGGCUGGGCUGCGGCGGAGCUGUGCCUGCAGCGUGCAGGGCGCCUGGGCGCAGCUGCAGGCCCUGUUCCCCGCCAUCUGCUGGCUCCGCCAGUACCGGCCCCGGGAAGCACUGGCGGGCGACGUCAUGUCCGGGCUGGUCAUCGGCAUCAUCCUGGUGCCGCAGGCCAUCGCCUACUCGCUGCUGGCCGGGCUGCAGCCCAUCUACAGCCUCUACACGUCCUUCUUCUCGAACCUCAUCUACUUCCUCAUGGGCACCUCACGCCACGUCUCCGUGGGCAUCUUCAGCCUGCUCUCCCUCAUGGUGGGCCAGGUGGUGGACCGCGAACUCCUGCUGGCUGGCUUCGACCCCGCCCAGGAUGGCCCAGGGCCCGGGGCCAACCACAGCAGCCUCAACAGCUCGGCAGCCGCACUGGCACUCGGGCUGCAGGACUGCGCGCGGGACUGCUACGCCAUCCGCGUGGCCACCGCCCUCACGCUGGUGGCCGGGGUUUACCAGGUUCUCAUGGGCAUCCUCGGGCUGGGCUUCGUGUCCGCCUACCUCUCGCAGCCGCUGUUGGACGGCUUUGCCAUGGGGGCCUCGGUGACCAUCCUGACCUCCCAGCUCCGGCACCUGCUGGGUGUGCGGGUCCCGCGGCACCAGGGGCCGGGCCUGGUGGUCAGCACGUGGCUGAGCCUGCUGCGCAGUGCCGGGCAGGCCAACCUGUGCGACGUGCUCACCAGCGCUGUGUGCCUGGCCGUGCUGCUGGCCGCCAAGGAGCUCUCGGACCGUUUCCGGCACCGCCUGAGGGUGCCGCUGCCCACCGAGCUGCUGGUGAUCGUGGUGGCCACGCUCGUGUCCCACUUCGGGCAGUUCCACGGGCGCUUCGGCUCUAGCGUGGCGGGUGACAUCCCCACCGGCUUCAUGGCCCCACGGGUGCCAGACGCAGGGCUGAUGUGGCGGGUGGCGCUGGACGCCGCCUCCCUGGCCCUCGUGGGCUCCGCUUUCUCCAUCUCGCUGGCGGAGAUGUUCGCCCGCAGCCACGGCUACACCGUGCGCGCCAACCAGGAGCUCCUGGCCGUGGGCUGCUGCAACGUGCUGCCCGCCUUCUUCCACUGCUUUGCCACGAGCGCUGCGCUGGCCAAGAGCCUGGUGAAGACGGCGACAGGCUGCCGCACGCAGCUGUCCAGCGUGGUCAGCGCCGCCGUGGUGCUGCUGGUGCUCCUGGUUCUGGCGCCGCUGUUCCGGGACCUGCAGCGGAGCGUGCUGGCCUGUGUCAUUGUGGUCAGCCUGCGCGGGGCCCUGCGCAAGAUGCGGGACGUCCCCCGCCUGUGGCGGCUCAGCCCCGCCGACGCGCUGGUCUGGGUGGCCACGGCCGCCACCUGCGUGCUGGUCAGCACCGAGGCCGGGCUCCUGGCCGGUGUCCUGCUUUCGCUGCUCAGCCUGGCCGGCCGCACCCGCCGCCCGCGUGCUGCCCUGCUCGCCCGCGCUGGGGGCUCCAGCUUCUUCGGGGACCCGGCGGAGUUUGAGGGCCUGGCCCCUGAGCCGGGCGUGCAGGUGUUCCGCUUCACGGGGCCGCUCUAUUACGCCAACAAAGACUUCUUCCUGCAGUCGCUGUACAGCCUCACAGGGCUGGACGCGGGCUGCGAGGUCGCCAGGAGGAAGGAGAGGGGCCCCGGGCUGGGGGCCGGCACGGGAGGCCCCGCGGGGGGCAGGGACCCGGGCUCCGGGAGCGGCGCAGCCUCACUGGUGCCCGCGGCGACCCGCUUCCACGCGGUGGUCAUCGACUGUGCCCCGCUGCUGUUCCUGGACGUGGCCGGCCUGGCCACGCUGCAGGAGCUGCACCGAGACUAUGGGGCCUUGGGCAUCAGCCUGCUCCUGGCCUGCUGCAACCCCUCGGUAACGGACACACUGAGGAGAGGCGGCUUCCUUGGGGAGGACCAGGGGGACGCGGCUGAGGACGGGCAGCUGUUCCCCAGCGUGCACUGUGCCGUGCAGGCGGCCCACGCCCGCCACCAAGAGCUGGCAGCCGCCAACUCCAUCCUCUAGCGGAGCCAGCGCCCACGGCCAGCCCCCACGCCCAUGCCCGUCACGGCACCCUGAGACAGGCACGGCGCUGUGCGCCCACGGUCCCUGGGGGCAGUCUGACACUUGGCGUCCUGUCUCACUUGGAGGACCCUGAGGCAGUCACCUGGCGUUCGAGGUGCCAAAAGGACAUCGGUCCCUUGAGCCGCCAGCCCCCACCCCCAGUGAGAGCUGGCUGCUCUGGCCAGAACGUGAGGGUCUCUGUGUCGAGGAAACCCCACGCUGCACACACCCAAGUGUCUCUCACACCGUGUACCUCAGCCCCGCUGGGCCUCGCAGGGCCAAAGGCAGAGGGACCAACAUGCCUGCAGCCUGGGCCUGACGGGGCAACCCCGCACAGCCUGAGCAGAGCAAGUGUGCCCACUCGCCGCUGCGGGGUCCAGCCGUGCCUCCAGGGUGGCCAUCAGCAGGACGCCUGCUGUGCCCGAGGCAGGGACUGCUGGGAGGGGGCCCUGCACUGUCCCUGCCCCACGCGGUCUUUGCCGAGAAGCAGAAGGGCAGUGGCUCCCGGGCGCGACACCCCCUCACUGAGCCCUGACCAGGGCGCAUGCCGCACUGUCCUCCAGCCCAGACGCCACCUCCUCUCAGUCUUGCCCGUACCGCCCCCAGGGGCUCUGCCCAGCAGCCCAGCGCCUCCGUCACCCACCUGGCCGUGAUGAGGUCCAGCAGCCAGUGGGUCCGAACCUGCUCAAUGCCGCCAUGAGGAACUGCGCCCACGUAGGCCAGGUUGAGCUGCUGAUCCCAGCUGAGGUCAUACUGGUCGGCCUGGCCGUGCGGCAGCGGGGGACUGGGGACAAAACGAGGGGGGAGUGGAGCCAUCAGUCCCCAGGGGAGGGGCUCGUGGAACAGCCUCCGCACACACCCCACCUGCAAACCCAGGGAAGGGAUGGGGUGUGCCUUUCUGCCCAUGAAUUCUACUGCCCCUGACAUAAUACAUCGGUCCCUAACGCCAGGA